ACGAUCACCUUUCGUUUCCCUCCACGUAAGCCAAAGCAGAGGGGAGCUUGAGGCAGUGAGGGGCAAACGCAAAUCAGAUGGCGCUUCUCUCUGCCAAUCUCCUCGCCCCAAAGAUAACCCUAAUCCCCUUCAAUUCCCCCUCCUACCACCUCCCAAGAAUCCCUACCCUCCUCCCUACCUCCCUGCAAAAGUCUUUUCCAAACCCCCCUUCUCACAACCGAACCGCCGUUGCCGCCUCAUCUUCCUCCUACUCCGCCGCCGCCGCCACCACCGCGACCACUGACAUCCAUCCCCAAGAGAAGAACGUCAACUCCCAGCAAUCUCGUUCCAAGUGGGAAGCGUUCGCGAGGCGAGUCUCCGGUGAAUGGGACGGCUUCGGAGCCGAAUUCACGGCCGACGGGAAGCCCGUGGAGCUCCCGGAGGUGGUCGUCCCCGAGGCCUUCCGGGAGUGGGGGGUCGAGCUCUUCGACUGGCAGACCCAGUGCCCGACCCUGGCCGUCGAAGCAGGUGACCCCGUCCUCUCCUACAAGCUCAUCAAGCUGCUUCCGACUGUGGGAUGCGAGGCCGACGCCGCCACGAGGCACAGCACCGAGGAGAGGGUCGCCGGGGGCACCGGCAAUAAGGUUUCAGCUCUUGGCUAUGACCCGAAUGGCUGCUAUGUUGCAGUGUGGCCUUUGGAGGGUCGGAAUGGGCAGAGAUUCUUGGAAUUGGAGCAUUGCUUGGUGGAUCCUGGGAAUCGGGAAGCUCGGGUAAGAGUGAUUCUGGUGGUUCGGGUGGAUGACGGGGGAAUGGGGUUGGAGAGGAUACGAGUGUUCUCAGAGCAGUGGUAUGGGCCGUUCCAAAACGGGGAGCAAUUUGGUGGGUGCGCCAUUCGAGAGUCGGGGUUCGCUUCGACGGCUGCAGUGGAAGAGUCUGAGGUUGUUGGAGUGUGGCAAGGUACAAGUGUUGCAGUUGCUGGAUUUCAGAGUGAACAAACGGAUAUAUUCCAUGAACUUGUGGUGGACCGGCCAGAAAAGUCAAUUAGAAAUCAAUUGGGCCUUGUGUUACUUCCCAAACAGUUAUGGUGUCAUUUUAAACAAAAUAAGGAUGGCGAAACAUGGGGGGAGGUUGGAUGGCUGGUGAAUAAUGGUAAUGCCAUGACCUCAAGAUGUACUUUCCUCAAGGAUGGAAGAUUGCAGGAGAUAGCAAUUGGGCAAGAAAUUGCAGUUAUGAAGGGCAUGUAAUUUGGCCUUCAAUAAAGUCUGUUGUUCAAACCUGUUAUUUUUGCUUUUAUAUCUGUAUCUGGGCCACAUUCACUUAUCCAAAUUGUAUAUUAAUUUUUUAUGCUAUGUAGUCUUUUUGAGGGACUAAAUACAAUUAUCUAAAUUAUAGUUUAGUUUGAGG